AUGUUGAUGAAAGUCGAGAUACCUGCAAGUGUUUAUCAAAUCAUGCUUGCCCAUGCACUUUCCACUGAAAAGGAAGAGAUUAUCGGCAUGUUGAUCGGUGAAUGGCAGGGCUUGAAGAACACCAAUCCAUUCAUGGCGUCUCGGGCAUUGGCACGCAUUCAUGCUGUCUCUUUGUUAACACGAUCGGACAAACGAAAGGAUCGGGUCGAGAUUGCACCAGAGCAACUGCAUCUUGCUGCUUGUGCUGCCGAGGAAUUGAGCAAAAAGAUGGAUCGAACAAUGUGUGUUAUUGGAUGGUAUCAUAGUCAUCCACAUAUUACGGUGUUCCCAUCUCAUGUUGAUCUACGAACGCAGCAAUCCUACCAGUAUAUGGACAGCCAUUUUCUUGGUCUCAUCAUCUCUUGUUUUGAUGAAAGAUCGGAUAUGAUGCAACGAGUACAAAUCACAUGCUUUCAGGCGGAAGAGGAUGAAAAUGGCCAAAUCAAACGCGCCAAUGUGCCUAUUGAAGUCGUGCCUGAGCCUUCGGUGUCACCUUUCCUGCGCGAGACCUUCUUAUCAUUACCACGGAUCAUGUAUCAAGAGCACAAAAAGGAAUAUGAAAUGGCGACCAAGCGGAUACAAUACGAGAACAGCAAAGAUGGCACUACCACCUUACCGGAGAUGAUGACACAGCUGCAUAAUACGGGUGUAUACGGCCAAUCGAUUGUGCAUUUGGUAGACAAUGUCAUAUGCCCUGCUACGCAAGUUCUAGAAGAUAAGGCGAUCGCUUUGCAAAAGCAGAUUGAUGCAAUCAAACGCGAGCGGGAGCAACAAAAUAGCAAUCUCAUUGAUCUCGACAGCUGA